AUGUCGCCAUCCUUCGCCCCGGAACAGAAUGGCACCUGUUCCAUGAAUGUUGACGAUAACAUUGAGCGGUCGGGACUGAAGCCAACAAUUCGGCCCUUUGCCGGCCGGAUCGGUGGCAAUCAGGGAUUAGUGCUGGACCCCAGCGAUGCGAGCAAUGCGGAGUUACUGAAGCGCAUGCCUGACGCGGCGCCGCUGAUGAGCUUAAAGCAAUCAUUCAACCUGACAGCAUUCUCCGAUAUCGAUCUUUGGAGGUUCGGUGCAGUUGAAUGUAAGAAAAGCUCGCUCAUCCAGAACCUAGGGACGAUGAUGCUCGUUUUUAUGACUUCAUGGCUAUCUGCACACUCGCCUAUCCCGACAACCACUCUCCCUGCAUCCAGCGACUCCGGUGGUAUUUAUUCCACAGCGACUUUCCUAGGACCUUUAGUUGGGGGUAUUACCAACUGGCUAUUUCUGACUCUUUUUAUCUUCUCCUUUUCUUCAGUCAGUGGCGCUCAUCUCAACCCGCUAAUCACAAUGGCCACCUUUUUUGCGCGACUUAUCUCGAUUCCUCGAAUGGUGCUUUAUCUUGCGGGGCAGAUUAUUGGUGGCACAUUGGCUGGUCUCAUGCUUCGAACCUCGUUCGGCUCGCGCAACUUUGUGGUUGGUGGGUGCGAUAUCGAUACCUCGCUCGUCCCGACGGGAGAGGCUUUUGUAUUGGAAUUUAUUUGCUGCUUGACGCUUUUGUUUCUUUCUUUUGGUGUAGGAUUGGACCCCCGGCAGUCCAAGGUUUAUGGCACUGCCCUCUCACCGUGGCUAGUAGGACUGUCUUUGGGUGUUGUCAGCUGGGCAUCGGCAUUCACACGACUGGGGUAUGGAGGAGCUUCGUUAAACCCUGCAAGAUGUUUCGGUGUCUAUGUUGGCUCGCAUUUUCCCGGAUACCAUUGGAUUCAUUGGGUUGGUCCGAUUGCUGCAUCAAUAGGCCAUGGAUUAAUGUACUAUCUUGUUCCUCCAUGGGCAGUAGUGACCAAUGAGUAA